AUGGCUCUUGCUACAGCGUUAGACGAAAACAUGAUCUCGCCGAAACACAAAGUCUUCCUGGCAUUCGCCUUGUCUAAAGCUUUCUGGCAGUAUUACGAAUCAGAUUGGAUGAAGGUGGAAUGGAGUUCUGACACCGUACAACUCCUGCAGACAGCAAGCCUUGACUCGAAGGCACCUUUCCUUCGGGUCAUACCUGCGCAUUUGAGAGGUGAGACCUUUAGUGAGCAUGAGUCAGAGACAAUGUCAGGUCAGAGCACUCACCUCCACCCAUAUCCCUACAUCUUUAACCUUGGCCUUCUCUUGUUUCAGCUCGGCUCAGCGGACUGCAGAGAAAUACAAAUCAGUGCGGAUGCAGAAAACUUGUCAGGUAUUGAGAAGAACAACAGACUUCUCCUCUACUGCUGCAAAGAGAUUGUUUCUGGACAAGAUUGGCCUACAUUAGCAAUUCCGGCUCAACACAAGACAAAAUUUCAGCGCGCUGUCAAGACAUGUUUUCCGAUCGAUUCACCAUCUUUCAAAGAUCUAUUUGAAAAUUCUCCGGAUGUCUCAGCAAGACGACUGAUCCUCAAGAAUCAUGUCGUCGACCCCUUGCUCGAACUUUAUCAAGACAUGGCCGAUAUAGAAGAAGCAGAGAUCUGGCUUCAACGUUCGACGCGAGUGGGGAAGUCUACUGUGUUACAGACAGGCACGGGUAGCAAUAAAACGCUCAAGACUCAAAGCGACCUGGCAUCAGAUUGGCUCAACAGCAUGUCGAGUUCCUGGUUGCAUACACAUGUCACUGAAAAGCUCGAACGCAUGAAAAGGCCAAAGAUUGCGAUUAUCGACACGGGGUUCGACGACGAAACCAUCGUUACACAUUGGAGAGAUCGCAAGCUUCAAAAACGGCUCAAUAUGCUACCAAAAGGAAAAGCAGAGUGUAACUGGAAGGACUUCUGGCAACCCAAGACAAUUCCACUUGAUAUUGAUGGACAUGGAACAGCUAUGCUCUCCAUCGUCCAUCGCGUUGCGCCUUUUGCAGAUAUCUGUGUCGCACGCAUAGCAGGAGGCGACGAAGAUCUGAAGCAGGAUGCAAUCAAAACCAGCCAGAAUCUUGCCAAGGCUAUUAGAUGGGCUGUUGAAGAACAAGAUGCAGACAUUGUGUCUCUCUCCCUCGGCUGGGAACAAGAACCGUGUCAUGAGGAAGAACGCAUCGUCAGUAAUGCCAUCAGCAGUGCGCUCGCAAAGCGAAACAGGAACGUUUUGAUCUUUGCUGCGGCAUCGAACUUGGGUGGUGGCAUGACAGAGCUGUUCCCAGCAUAUCUCCCAGAAGUCAUUUCCGUCCGAGCCGUAAACACAGAGGGACAGAACCCAGGCUUCAACCCCUCGCUUCCCAAGGGUGCAGUAAAAGUAUUCGGCACGCUGGGAGUCGAGGUACCAGCCCGGCAACGACAUGGCUCGGGAUACAUCAACCACAACGGAACUUCGGUUGCGACUGCGAUCAUGGCAGGAAUCGCUGCAAUCAUCAUUGGGUACAUCAACAUCAACAUGGACAACACGGAGAAGCGCAAAUCCUGGCUUAACAUCAGGACGCCCGAGGGCUUUCAAAGGCUGCUGCACCAGCUUUCCACGGAAUCGCAGCCGCGCCAGCUAUUCAUGACUCUCAAACACCAUUCAGAAUUCAAGCACCAGUCUAUCUUGGAAGCUGCAUUGACGAGCGCUUCAAAUCCGAAGCCAAUGUAG